UAUGCAUAAGAAGUUAUAAUUUGUGCAGAAGAGGACACUCCAAAUUGCCUCAACGACCAUUUUCCAGGAUUGUACCCUUUGGGUCAGAACAAAGUACCAUUAUGCAAAGGAACAGCGAUAUCAAUACCAACCAAGCACCUCGGGCCACCAAACCCAAGUCCUCCCAUCUUGUCAACGGUGCUAACGGGGGCACGAUAAGGGGGUGCAAUGACGCCAACCAGCUAACCGGUGCUCAUGGGUGGAAGGACACCGUUGGAAUGAGAGAAGGGGAGGAAACAUUCUUGAGGAAUUUCUUUGAGUUAGUUUUAGCAGAGGGCAUCUCAAAGCCUCUCAGUGCAGAAUGCAAAGUAAUUGAUUUCCAGCAUCCUCAUGAACUGAAGAAUCAGAUGGAUUUAACUAUCAAGGAUGAACCUGUCUCUCAUGAUAGACUCCUUCAACUCUGUAAACAGACGUAUGAUCACAGCGUCAAAGUCAGUCAUCCUCAGUUUUAUAAUCAGCUGUUUGCUGGGCAGGAUACGUAUGGUCUUGCUGGUGCGUGGAUGACUGAGAGCCUUAAUGAAAGCCAAUACACUUAUGAAGUUGCACCGGUGUUUACCCUGAUAGAGCAAGAGGUUCUUUCAAAGCUGAGGGACCUGUGUGGAUAUAAGUCAGGAGAUGGUAUAUUCUGUCCUGGUGGAUCACUUGCCAACAUGUAUGCAAUCAACCAUGCCAGAUAUGUGUUGAAUGAAGAUUAUAAAGAAAAUGGGAACUUCAGUUCCAAACCUCUGCAAAUAUUCGCUUCUGAUCAGAGCCAUUAUUCACUCCUAAAAGGGGCAGCAUUCUUGGGAAUAGGAACAAACAAUGUCAUCAAAGUAGAAACAGAUAAAAGUGGUAGAAUGAUACCGGAGUCAUUAGACAGAGCAAUCGCCAAUGCAAAGUCAAGUGGUGCCAUACCUCUGAUGGCGGUCGCUACAGGUGGGACUACAGUGUAUGGAGCCUAUGACCCCUUACAGGACAUUGCAGAUAUAUGUGUGAAAUAUGGCAUCUGGUUUCAUGUAGAUGCUGCAUGGGGUGGUGGCGCCCUUCUGUCAUCAACGCAUCGACAUUACCUUGAUGGUAUCAAUAGAUCGAACUCAGUCACAUGGUGUCAACAUAAGAUGAUGGGGGUUCCCCUACAGUGCUCUGCCUUCCUAUUGAAUGGCAAUGAAACUCUGAUGAACAGAUGCAUGAGUGCCAAGGCCAGGUAUCUCUUCCAACAGGAUAAGUUCUAUGACAUUAGUUACGACACGGGGGAUAAGUCCCUACAGUGCGGCAGAAAGGUAGAUGCCUUCCGUCUCUGGCUCAUGUGGAAGGCCAAAGGCAAUAAGGGCUUUGAGGCGGAGAUUGACCACAAGUUUGCCAUUUCUAGGUAUUUCACUCAGCUUCUUCAUGAACGUGAAGGAUUUGAAGUCUUGAUGGAGCCUCAAUGCACUAAUGUUUGUUUCUGGUAUAUCCCAGAAUGCCUCAGAAACGAGGAAAGGACUCCUGAGUUCUGGCAGAGACUGAGUAAGGUUGCACCUGCUAUCAAGGAAGGUAUGGUAUUAGAAGGAUCUAUGCUGAUUGGAUAUCAACCAAACAGUGAUCAAAUUAAUUUCUUCAGGAUUAUAUUCUCUAAUGCAAGGGCUACAAAGGAGAGUGUUGCAUUUGUUAUCGACGAAAUCGAUCGAUUGGGACAAGCUAUUCAGGUUUAAAUCUCUCCAGCCUCCAUCCACUCUGUCUUUUUCAUUCUCCCUCUCUCCCGCUCUAUAUAUUUUUCCUUUCAAUCUUUAUUAAACUGAUGCCUACUUGGUUGUCAAGGUUUUCUCUUUCUUUUUGUUCUUCAAUGAUGCCAUAAAAUUAUUUGUAUGUAUUAAACAUUGAUAUUGAUAGUUUCUCUGUGUGAUACAGAAUGCUUACCCUUUAAAAGAAUUUAAUAGAAUAAUUGCCAAAUCUCAGUAAGAUCUCCUGUUUUCAUCAUCUCACAUUUGCCAUUCAUCUCAAUGGAGUGUCAUAUUGUUAUGUAAGUACUACAUAGGAUGCUAACAUUCUGAAAUAUAUUUUAUACCCCUACCCUACCCAAUGUGGUAGCCAGAUGAAUCAUAUAGUAAUGGACUUCAUGGAUUAUAAUAUAUAUCUCAGUUUUAAAGGAAUUUAUUAACUUAGUUGAAAGUAGCACCUGACAACGUUAGACCCUUAUACUUCAGUCACAUUUGCUCUACGGCGGCCGUACGCCAAGUAAAAAAACGGUCGUUUUAACAUUUUUUGUAAUAGGUGGUUUGAAUAAAAAUGAAUAAAACUGCUGUUUUCGACUAGCCGUCUUACAAAGAGUUGCGAUUGAUCCGAUCAAUCGCAAAUAUGGAAAGCCAGCACAGUCAACAUAUAAAAUGCAUGUUUGUUCAGACAAUUUUCUAGAUAUAAAUGCAUAUCCAUAAAUGAAUUGAUUUCUUGACACUUUGGUGUGUUCUCCUUUGUAUACAAAGGACAUUUUGCAAAUUUCCUGUAGAAAAAAAUUAUGACACUAAUGGAUUACCAUAGUUACGAUGAAUUGGAUCAAUCGUAACUUUAUGUAAGAAGGGGAGAUCACAUUGAUGGUCUAGCACAGCAGCAUGCAACACACAGAGACCAGAUAGGUGUUUACUUUCAUGUAGUCAGAUGUUCGUAAGUUAGGAGCAACUUUAUGAACGACUGGUGAUCCUCUCUCGAGGUAGAUAAAUAUGCUUGCCAAAUUUCCUUGGUGUGGAUUUAGCGCCUAAGAAGAGGUCACCAGUCGAUCGUGAAAUCGCUUGUAAGUCACAAACAGCUUCAUGAAACACGGCCUGCCCGAAUAAUUCUUAAAGGGAAAUUUAGAGGUAUCCUAAUCAUGGAAUUGUAGAAAUCUAGAUUAAUAACUUGUAUCUUGUAAAAGAUUAUAAUUAUGAUUGAAUUAGCAGCUGAAUUUAGUGAUUUCUACCAGAUACAACUUAUUCUUAGUAUGUAUGAUAAUUUCAAUUACCAGCCUACUUAAUUAUACUUUGCUUGAAAAAUUUCAUUACUUAUUGGGUAAAUUUCUCCUUUAUUCUAUCUUUUCUUUGUAUAUACGUAAUUAUAUAUCUGAAUUGUGUGUUAUUCUAUCAUUCCUGUCCUCCUAAUUGUAUUAUGGGCAAAAUUACCAAACAAUAUCUGGGCCCCAUUGCAUUAAAGUUACAAUUUGGUAAGUUGCAUGGAAUCCUUGAUUUUGAUUGGCUGUUGAUCAGCGUUACCACGAUAGUUACCAUUGGAUGGCAAAUUUACCAUAAUUGUAACUUUUAUGCAACUGGGCCCUGUUGACAUGAGGUGAUGACUAUAUGACCAAACGGAUAUUGGGUAUUAUCAUAACUGCUUGCCAUGAAUAUAAAUUAGUACUAAGCAAUUGAAAAUAGAAUUCUCAUUUGUCAAAUAAUUCUUAUAUACUUGCGUGUAAAUUUCACAAUUAAAAAUGGGGACUCUUAAGGACGUUCCACAGUUAUGUUUGUGCGCAUUAUGAUCUGCGCAUAUUUAACACUCUGCGCGCUGAUGUCACAAUGGAUGAACAGGUGAUUAAUUAGCUGUGGAUAUGAGCUGAUUUUUCUCAUCAUCUGCACCCUAACUGCAGAUUCGAUGCAUUAUUUUAUGAAGCUAAAAAACUGGAAUUAUUCCAUGGAUCAUUUAAAAAAUAUCUCUACAAUUUCAAAAUACUUUACUCUGCAGUACUGCCAAGAAUCACGAAUAUGACCCCAAGUUUGAAUAAAUGGUAGAGUGGUUUUGAUUUUUCUUCACAAAGCAUUUGGCGCAUUUUUUGUGUUUUAAAAAGCACAUUUGCUCUAAUAAAAAUGCUGAUAGUUUGAAAACAAGCACAUGAACCCUAUUUUUUAAUGUUUGUACCUCUUAGGUAUAGCUUCCUCUACAACCUUGCAAAUUUUGGUGAAAAUGACAUGGAUUUUGAAUAAAGUGCAGCAUUUAUUUUACUUUUGUAGUCUGUUAUUGAAAUUUCACAUUUUUGAGAUUGGGUUUUUGUUAUCUUUUACGCCAUUUUUAAGAACUGACUGUGCUGUUAGACUUAAAGUUGCAAACAAAUAGCACUAUAAAUAGAUUCUCCAUUCUAACGAUACAAUUAUUAACUCUCUUGCGAAAUUUGAUGACUUUUUCAUCUAUUUUGACUGAGUAAUAGAGGUUUAAACUCAUUGUAGUAUUCUUGCGAGGUCUAAGAAUGCCAAAUUCUUUUGAAUGCGCAAUUCUUAAGAACAUCAAUUUGAUUGAACUUUGAAGCUCUACAGCAAAAAUUCAAGCACAUGGACCUAUGUUAAUUUUUGCAUAUUUCGAUAUUAAGGUUCUAAAGUAUCUAUGUGCAAAGUUUGGUAAAAAUGACAUGGAUUUCACUUUAACUGUGGAACGUCCUUAAGGUGUGUAAGGGGAAAAAGUAAAUGUGUAAAUUAUUAUUUCUAAAUUAGGUGCCAACACUUAUAUUUAUUUCUUUUACUUUAGAUUUGGGGUUAUUUAUAAGCUUAGUUAAGAAGUAGAUGUAUGCAAGAUUAAAAAUACAGACUACUUCUGCGGUUCUGCAUGAUUAUCUUCACAUAUACUGUGAAUCCAGUAAAAAUGUUUUUGUUCAUUGGUUGGAUGCAUGCUGUGAUUAUUCUUUUCUGGCUUCUUUUAUUUUCAUUCAUCUUCAUUUUAUUUCAUGUCUAUUAAAAAAUAAAUAGUACACAUAAUGAGAAUGAUCUCUGCAUUUUCAGGAAACAUCUCUUUGAAAACCUGUAAAUGUUUUUAAAAGUCGUGUAAUAUGCAGUAAAGAAUAAUAUAUUGUACUAGAAAAAAUUUCAUUGGAUGAUUGUUGUAGUGAAUGCCUCUUUAGCAUUUGUAUUUAUGGAUUGAAAAUUAUGUUGUUUGAUUAGCAAUAGCUGAAUGGCUACAUAUGAUUGUGUUUCUGUUAGUGAGAAUCGAAAAUGUGCAAUGAUUAUUUUAAGUCCUUUAUUUUGUGUUUUGUUGAAGCUACUCUACUUCAUUGUGGGACCUAUAACAAUUUUGCUGCAAAUAUUGGUGCAUUGGUUUUAAAUUGAAUUUGGGCUUAAGACUAUAUACACACUCUUUCAUAAUCUUUAUUAAAAUUACAGGGGGAAUACACCGGCAUUGAUUUGAUAAAUAUGCAGAAAAAAGUGAGGAUGUCUAUAGUGUUUGAAAAUUACAACUGAAAUCCACAUCCUGUAAAUUUCAGUUUAUCCAUUAUGGCAACAUUUUUUUUUUUUUUUUUACUAAUCUUGUGAAAUUCACCACUAUCUGCAAUGUAAAUGAAAUUACAAAAAAAAAUCCACAAAAGAAUGAUUUUCCACAAAAGAAAUGAUAUGAAAUUAGUAUCUGGGGGUCAGAAUUGCACAUCCCUCUCUUUUCUUGUUUUUUUGAAGUGGUGAUCUUGGAGGAUAGCUUGCUACUGGGCAUUUCAGAUUUUGUUGUGUGUUUUUAUU